UGAUUGCUCGUUCACUCGGAGCAGGAGCUGACCCUCUGCAGUCGAUCGCCCUCAGGAUGAACCACAGACCGCUGGCAGCCGGUUACAGGGGACGGCCCGCUGCUGACGCCAGCAGCUCCAGAGCCAGGAGCAGAGACAACCUGCUCACGCACGACGACUUCGGGGAGGAGUACUGUUGUGCUGCGAGAUGCUUCAGCCGACACAGCAGCUCUGAGCGGCAGCACACGUGUCGCUUCAGCAGCAUGGUCAAACGGCGCCAGGCCCUGCGCGGACCCGCCUACAUGUUCUCUGGCCCCUCUGUCAGCCCGUCGGAGGUGGAGCAGCGCUUCCUGGAGGCGGCUGAAUAUGGAAACAUACCAGAGGUGCGUCGUAUGCUGCUCCAAGUGCCCGACCUGAACGUCAACGCUGUGGACUAUAUGGGACAGAACGCACUGCAGCUGGCUGUGGGAAAUGAACAUCUGGAGGUGACAGAGCUGCUGCUGGGGAGAGCAGACUUGGCCAGAGUGGGUGAUGCCCUCCUUUUAGCCAUCAGUAAAGGGUACGUUCGGAUCACUGAGGCCUUGCUGAGUCACAUUUCAUUUAAAGACGCUCAUCGUCUGACAGCGAGUCCUAGCCAAGUGGACAUGAUGGAUGACUUCUAUGCUUAUGAUGAAGAUGGAACGAGGUUUUCUCAUGAUGUGACUCCAGUGAUACUUGCAGCUCACUGCCAGGAGUACGAGAUCGUUCACACCCUCCUGAGUAAAGGGGCUCGCAUCGAUCCGCCUCAUGACUACUUCUGCGGCUGCGACUCGUGCAACUACCAUCAGCAGUUUGACUCGUUCAGUCACUCGCGCUCGAGGAUCAACGCCUACAGAGGACUGGCCAGUCCUGCCUACCUCUCCCUGUCCAACGAGGACCCAGUCCUAGCAGCUCUGGAGCUCAGCAAUGAGCUGGCCACGCUGGCUGAUAUCGAGAAAGAAUUCAAGAACGACUAUUGUCGCCUGUCAAACCAGUGCAAGGACUACGUAGUGGGCCUUCUGGAUCUGUGCCGCAGCACAGAAGAAGUGGAGGCCAUCCUGAAUGGAGAAACCAUCACUGAAGACACCUACAAUCUACCAGAGCGCCCCUCCCUCACUCGACUCAAACUAGCCAUCAAGUAUGAACUGAAAAAGUURGUAGCUCAUCCUAACUGCCAGCAGCAGCUGCUCAGCAUCUGGUACGAGAACCUGCCCGGUCUGAGACAACAAACCACCGCCAUCAAGCUGCUGGUGGUUCUGGGUGUGGUUAUCGGACUGCCGGGACUGGCUGCAGCUUACUGGAUCACUCCCUGCAGCAGAGUGGGAAAAGUUAUGCGCAGCCCCUUCAUGAAGUUCGUGGCCCAUGCUUCAUCUUUUACCAUCUUCUUGUGCCUGCUGAUCCUGAAUGCCGCAGACCGUUUCGCAGGCACUGACAUUCUGCCAAACAUGACCCACCACGAGCAGGGUUCAGAGCUCAAAUCUGACCGGCUGCUGCUCUACCGUAAAACCACCACACCUUUCACCUGGAUGGAGAUCCUCAUUAUUUCAUGGGUUGUAGGUAUGAUUUGGGCUGAAGUGAAGGAGCUCUGGAUCCAGGGACCAGGAGAGUACCUGGUGGAACCGUGGAACUUCCUGGACUUUGGGAUGCUAGCCAUUUUCCUUGCCUCCUUCAGRUGCCGCUUCUCUGCAGCGAGACGUGCCAAUUUAGCCCAGGACUAUGUUUACAAACACUGUAAGACACUGGUGGGACCGUCUCCACAGAUAGAUGCAUACAACCACUGUAAAACUCUGAUCCAGCUGCCUCCAGACAUAGACUACUUUACUAAAGCUCGUAUCGACUGGACACCAUCAGAUCCUCAGCUCGUUUCYGAGGGGCUUUACGCCAUCGCAGUGGUGCUGAGCUUUUCUCGGAUCGCUUACAUUCUCCCCGCCAACGAGAGCUUCGGUCCCCUCCAGAUCUCUUUAGGAAGGACYGUGAAAGACAUCUUCAAGUUCAUGGUCAUCUUCCUCUUGGUGUUCCUGGCGUUCAUGAUCGGCAUGUUCAACCUGUACUCUUAUUACCUGGGGGCAAAGCAGAACGACGCCUUCACCACCCUCGAGGAGAGCUUUAAGACGCUGUUCUGGGCCAUAUUUGGACUGUCCGAGGUCAGGUCUGUGGUGAUCAACAACGGGCACAAGUUCAUCGAGAACAUCGGUUACGUGCUCUACGGGGUGUACAACGUGACCAUGGUUAUAGUGCUGCUCAACAUGCUCAUCGCCAUGAUUAACAGCUCCUUCCAGGAGAUCGAGGAUGAUGCCGAUGUCGAGUGGAAGUUUGCGCGAGCUAAACUUUGGUUCUCUUACUUCGAGGAGGGUCAGACUCUCCCCGUCCCCUUCAACCUGGUUCCCAGUCCCAAGUCCAUGCUGGGACUGGUCACGGCCAUAAAGUCUCAGCUGCUGCAGAUUGUUCACAGAAACAAAGAGAAGAACCCCGGGACACAACUCACUCAGCUCGGCCAGACCAAACAGUCAGAAUACGGAGGCUCGAACAGUUCAUCGAGAUAUGAGAAGAUCAUGAAGCGCCUGAUCAAGCGAUACAUCAUCAAAGCCCAAGCAGACAGAGAGAGUGACGAGAUCACUGAGGGGGAGCUGAAAGAGAUCAAACAGGACAUCUCCAGUCUGCGAUAUGAGCUGCUGGAGGAAAAAUCCCAGAACAUGGAGACACUGGAUGGACUGUUGGCUCGACUGGGAGAGAUCAGCUCACCUUUAUCGUGAUGCUGCCCCGUUUCCUCGUCGUUCUGUGUGAAAAUUUAAAGGCUACACCUGUUGAAUGUACAGUGAAUACACUGAAUUAGUGAUGACAUUUACAAACACAUUUUAUCAAGCUGACUCAUAGUGACAAAAACAUUAAAGUAGACAUAUCAUGCUUUUAAA